AUGGCUAACUCUUUGCUUAGCGAGGAGGAGUUGACGAGAUUUCGCACUAAACCUUGUCGUAGGAGUCGAAAAGAGGGAUGUGACUUCGGUCCUUAUCGUUGCCAAUACUCCCAUAAUAUCUUUUGGCCACGGAGGUGUCCAUUUUAUCUGUCUGAUCCAAUGGCUCUAAGAUAUCUACCUGAUCUUUGUCCUGAUGUUAUUAUCAAGAAUGAGGAGACUGGAGCUAUUGAAAGUACUUGCAAUAGAGGUGGUUAUUGUCCCUUUGCUCAUUCUAUGGAGGAAAUAAUUUAUCAUCCUUUAUGUUAUAAGACUGAGCUUUGCGAUGAUUUUCAAAAGGGGGAAUGUAAAACUUAUUACUGUCACUUAAUUCAUGGUUUAGCUGAGAAAAGGCCUGAAAAGAAUUAUACAUUACCGUAUACUCGUGGAAUAAAGGUAAGAAUAUAUCCUAAUGUGAGUCUUGUUGAUAAGCCUGCUUCUUCUGAUAAUGGACGCAUAGUGCAAAUUGCAAAUGAUAGUAAUCAAGUUAAAUCCCCACUAAGUGAAGACCAGACUGUAACAAAGAAAUCAAAAUGGUCUUUAACUGGGAUACAGGAAAUAGCAAUUACUAAUUCGGGAGUUAAUGAAGGAAUACAAUCUAACAAAAGUAUGAGUACAGCCUCCUCUCCAGGACUUUUUUGUUUUAAUUCAUGGUUUGGAAAUCCUAAAGGAACUGAACAAUCUUCAAGUAUAAAUAUGAAUUGGUCAGAUUUUUCUACAGGGUUGUAUUCUCAAGAUUUGAAUGAUCCAUGUGAAGAACUCAAGAGUCUUAAUUUUAAGUGGCAAAGUAUGUUAGAAUCACCUGAAUCAUAUAUUAAUUAUGUGGAUUUAACAAAUCCUAAGUACUGGGAGGAGAUAUUUACUCAAUUAUCUACAAUAUUCGAUGUCGUUAACAGAAUUAAAGUAACAUAUUGUCAGGACUCACUUUGCGAGUUACCAAGUGUUAGUAGAGACCCGGAAACUUCCGGCAGCUCAAUAAAUUCCGAUGAAUUAUUUUGCAUAAAGGACUUUCCUAACAACACAAGUUCCAAUUUGUCUUCUUUGUUUGAACAAAUUGAUAUGAUUUCAUUAAAAUCUGAUAUUGCAGCUAGAAAUGGGAAUUCUCGUUACUCAUCUUCAAUACUAAAUGAUGAGGAUGAAGUAUCUAGGGUUCAACCACAGAUAAAUUUCUAG